AUGGCUUCUUACGCUGAUCCACCGGUCCAAGACCGCUGGGACUCGCACGAUUUCGAUGGCGACCCUGAUCGCUAUCUAUGCCUUUACAACAUGUCAGACGAAUUUGACUCGGAUGCUUGGGCGACUCCUGAUCCUCGGGUCACGACUAUGGUCGACAUGGGAGACGCCUUUGCUUUGGAGAUGGAACUGCACCGUUCCACCCUGAACCCAGUCAAAUUCGAGAAAACGAACUCCCCUUUUGACGGAGGCAGCUCCGACGAUGGAGGAUAUCCACUACCACGUUUGUUGACGUUCAGAGAACGCCGACGCCUACCUGUGCAGUUGUUACUUCGCAAGUCCCGCCAUGCACCUAUUGCUUGUGGUAAAUGCCGCGAAGACAUGAUUGCUUCUUGUUCCCUCUCCUCCCGGGAUAAAUUGGCGAGCGUCCGGCUUUCGGACCUUGCAACUAUGGAGGACAUUUGCGUCCUAGAUUUCGUUACCCCAGUCCCGGUGUCCCCAGACGAUAGCCAAACGGCACAUCUGGAUAUUCCGGAUACAUGCCGACAGGUCUCCUUUGGGAAACCCAACGGUGUUGGCCAAGGACCUGAGUACGUCGUAAAACUUCUCGAUCGGCCAUCUGAACUUGAUAGCGCCCGUCCACAAGAAUUCACACAAACGCAACCAUUCGUAAACCAGCUAGCUCAGCAUAUCGCCGAGUCAACCACCCUUUACCAAUACGACCCUUACUACCAGCAACCUUCAACUCCUGAAACGGAGUUCUACGACCUGUCUGCUGCAACGAAUAUCGUUGGCAGACUUCCAAUCGAGAACACUACACACCACCCCGGGUUCCCCCCUUCAGUCGCAGUUAUGGCGGUCACUACCACAGGCUGGCCCUACGGGGCCCAGCCGGUACGUGCUGCACCCGAUGCCAUGAACGACAGCAUGUAUCAAAACUCGCCUUUCUCCGAGCUCUUUGAGCUUUCGGACGAGGGCGACGAUUGGGCAAUGCUCAUGCAGCAGGACAUGCUCGCUACGGGCGACUACGACAUGACCACCUUCGACCCUUCCACCAUGGAACCAACUUACCAAACCACCCACUCUCCUCAGGAAAUCUUCAACGACCCCGCCGUCCAGUUCGAUGUCGCGCAGAGUCUAGGCCCCAACUUCUUUGACUUUAAUAGCCCUCUGCCCGACCUCUCUACCUCUGGCUACCUCUCUGGCGACCAGGUUUCCUCCUAUUUGGGCAGCACGAACACCUCCCCCUUCGAGCCUGUCCUCGACUUCUUCCCCGAAACCGACUCAUUCUCCAUGUUCCCGGCAAGCACCGACGGCUCGCCCCUCGACACAACUUUCUCCUCCCCCGGAUCAGACAGCGCAAACGCCCCUUCCAGCUCCUCCCACCCAUACAGCUGCACCACCGACGGCUGCACAAAGACCUUUGCAAAGGAGGCUCAGCUGAAGCAGCACCAGCGCGUCCAUCGCAAGGCCCUCGUCUGCACCAUCUGCCGCGCCGAGCACCGCCACGAGCACAAGUUCGCUCAAGUGCGGGACCUAGAGCGGCACAUGCAGGCGCGCCACAAGGACGUUGCGGAGAAGAACAACGUGCGCUCCGAGAUCCGCCAGUGCCCGCACCAGGGGUGCGAACACCAGGGGAGGCGGGACAAUGUGUCGAGGCACCACAAGAGUAAGCACGGUAAGGAACUCAAGUGGAAGAGGGGUGUCCCUCACGUGGUGGGUUGA